CGGCUGAAGAAUACUCAGCAUUUCCACCAACAGUUUACCAAAGCCUCAGCAGUGACAGCCUUUAACAAAACACUCAUUCAACAGAAUGGAGUACAGACAUGAUGUGGAUUUUGAGGAGCCUUGUCCAGUCUGUGGAGAUAAAGUCUCCGGAUACCACUACGGUCUGCUGACCUGUGAAAGUUGCAAGGGGUUUUUCAAAAGAACGGUUCAAAACAACAAGAGGUACAUCUGUGCAGAAAACCAGGAGUGCAGAAUUGAUAAAACUCUGAGGAAACGAUGUCCAUUCUGCAGAUUUCAAAAGUGUCUUCAUGUUGGCAUGCGACUGGAAGCUGUUCGCACAGAUCGGAUGCGAGGUGGCAGAAACAAGUUUGGCCCCAUGUACAAACGUGAUCGUGCCCUCAAGCAGCAGAGAAAAGCUUUGAUACAAGCUAAUGGAUUUAGAAUAGAGGGCUGCACAACUCUGAUCUCCUCAACUCACCAGAGAGAUUUUACCUUCACUAGUGGCCUCCAACCAGACUCCAUCAUUCAGAGCACCCCACUACCCACAGCACAGAAUGACUACAUCAGCUACCAACCUCCAUCACUGUGUUCACUUCUGCACUCCAAAUCGCCUGGUGCCACCCACUAUCAGUGCUCCUCUUUCUCAAAUAGGACAGUCAAGUCAGAGCACACUAACAACUGUGCAAGUUCACAAGCCUCUGCUGUAGGAAUCUACACUGAAUCAGACAAGCUAUACCUGAACUCUCCACAAGGUCCCAGGACGCCUCGCCUGGUGAUGGAGUUCCUGCUCUGUGAUCCAGAUGAGCUACAACUGCAGAAUAAGAUCACUGCUCGUCUCCAGCAGGAGCAGACUGGCUGGCGUAAACAUGGGAACCCCAGCACCUUCAGCCUAAUGUGCCUCAUGGCUGACCAGACAUUGUUCUCCAUUGUAGAGUGGGCUCGUACAUCCAUCUUCUUUAAACAACUGAAGGUGAGUGAUCAGAUGAAGUUACUGCACAGCUGCUGGAGUGAACUGUUGAUUCUGGACAUCAUUUCUAGACAGGUCCUGUAUGGCAAAGAGGGCAGUCUGCUCCUGGUCACUGGGCAGGAGGUGCAGCUGUCAGACAUAGCCUCUCAUACUGGUCCUACCUUGGCCAGCCUGGUCCAAAGAGGACAGGACCUGGUUGAGAAGCUCCUUAUCUUAAAGGUGGAUCGUCAAGAGUUCGCCUGUAUCAAGUUCCUCAUCCUCUUUAACCCAGAUGUGAAAGAACUUGAGGAACAUCCACUCAUAGAGAGUGUACAAAAGCAGGCUGAACGGGCCCUGCUGGAGUACACAUUGUGCACCUAUUCUCAAUACCUAGGGCGCUUUACUCAUCUGCUACUGUGUCUCUCUGAGUUACGUUCACUCAGCACCCUCGCUGAAGACUACCUGUACUGCAGACACCUGAGUGGUGAGGUGCCCUGCAACAACCUGCUCACUGAGAUGCUCCAUGCCAAGCGCAGCUGGGUGUGAAAACUUACUGAUUGUCUUCACGUGUUUGCAUAUAGAGGCAUUAACCUGUAAUGAAUGUCCAAUACAAUGAGAUCAUUUCAAAUAUUUUUCUGUGCUUUAUAGAAAUAAUAAUUGACACACAACAAAUAAUUUUGUAGAUGGGAAAUGUAACUUAUAUAGACUUAAACUAGUAACAUUUUACUUAAUGUUUGACAACUGUGUUGGUAAUUAUGUAUGCUUCACCAUAAGAGAAAACCAAACCUGGUGUGUAACAGUGUAAAAUGGUUCCAAAAUCUGGGACUGUAAUUUAAAGAACGAAAUAAUUAUUUUGACAACUUAAUAAAUGUAUAAAAAGUUCAAAAGUUCCCAUGACACAAAACUCUGUAUACUCUACUAUUCCUGAAUAUAAUUUACCCUGGACCCUUGUAUUAUUCUUAUCUGUGUACAUUAACAUAAAAACACAAAAACAUCACAGAAAUAGUAUCAGUAUGUAAGUGUCUACAACAGUAAGUGGAAAUUGCCUUCCCUAUCCCUACUGUGUCUUUUCUUGGAACUGACCAAAUGUGCUAAAUUAUCAGUGCCGAUAAUGUACAGUUACUGAAUGAACCUGUUAGCUCAUUGUUUGCUUUUCAUCAUUUAAUUGCAAUGGUAUAAUAGUUUUUUGGGGCUCAACUGGCAAACUUAGCAAAAGGUUCCCUAUUUACACAUCCAGCACUCUGAGAGCAACAUUGCCAUGUAUCAGAAAUGUGUUUGUGUAAAUGUAAGUUUAAUACUCAACACUCUCUUUUAGCUUUGACUCAGUCUCAUUUAGUGCAAGAUAAUGUAAUGAAACAUGAAGGUAGUGCAUCAUGGGAAAACAAACACACUUCCUGGUUAACGUGAGAGCAUAUUUCCUUUGUUGUCAGUCACUGAGAUCCCAGUGAUAACACCUUCAACCACCUGUUUUGCCCACUCUGCUUGAAUAAAAGGCUUAAUCAACAUAAUGCACUCAUCUUGUUGUGUGGAUGCGCCCUAUCUGAUCUUGUACACCUCACUGGAGGCCAUUUCCUACCUGACCUUGACAUCCAGCUGGCAUCAACCUGGCAUCUGUCCUGUUCAAGGAAAAAACAUGGCAGCAUGAUCUGAAUCUGAUUUACCAAUACACUUACAGAGAGUGAAAAAUGCUUCAUACUUCAAUGAAGUAAAUUAAUAAAGUAAACCUAGUAAAAUAUAAUUUUGUGACUGAGAUCACGCUUAUCAUCAGGCACCGUUUUUAUUGCAGAGUAGGCUAGUUGUAAGAAACAAAGCACAGAGUAUAGGGAAUUAGUGAAUUAAAGAGUCUGUUGCAUCAACACAUCCAAGUUAAAGUUUAUUUAAUGAGAAAAUGUCACUGCUCUGACCUCAGUUCUUCAAGAUUAGAACAAAUCAUCUUUCAGAGGAUAUCCUGAUUAAUUUGGUUUGGUUUUAUUUGUUCAGAUUUUGAGAUACCUGUCUGUGAUACCUCUGCCUCCGACCCUAAUAUAAUAAAA